UUACACAGUUCACUGCUAUGUGAAUUGUGUUAGUAUUAUUUAGUUCGUUAUUACAAAAUACACAGUUUUAGUUUAGUGUAAUAAUAAAAUAUAAUGUUAGAAGCGUGAAAAAAACCCAGUUUUAUUAAUUUUAGGAGUGUGUUUUUUUUACAUAUGUUUUUAUUCUAUUUUGAUACAUCACAAUACUCAUCGUAAUCCACAUUCCUUCCGUUAAAUAAUAAUAUUUGUGAUUGUUUUUUCUUUGAUUCCUCAAAAUGGUAAACUGUCAGGUUGAUAAAUGUGGAUGUGGGUGCACUUUACGGACGGGCACCAUAAUUAUCGGUGUAUAUAAUUUGAUGGGAUCAAUAAUUUUAUUUAUCACCUGUGUUUGGAUUCAAAAUAAUCCCCAUUUAUUAGAAGAAUUCGAUGAAAAUGGCAAUAAUAUUCCAGAAGAAGAAGAAUCUAACCGUACAACAUUAACAACAUCCAUGAUAAUAUCGUUUAUACAUUUUUGGACAAGUGUUUCGUUGCUGCUGGGAGUCGAUAAGAGAAAACGUUCCCUUCUUCAAGUAUGGGUUGUCUAUGCUGUACUUUUCGCCAUUUAUGCAAUCAUAGAUAAUUUAAGUGAUACACCAGCAAAAAUGUUCACAGACGAUAUAUCCGGUGGCGUAGGAAUAUUGUUUCAAACUGCUAUUAUUGGCGCUUUAUGGAUAUAUAGUAUAAUUAUCGUUACAAGUUAUAGCAAGCAAAUAAAAUUCGGUCAAGACAUUGAGCAACAAGAUAUAGCUGGACAAAGAAGUUAUGUAUCUGCGGACAAUUUAUAAUCGUUUAGUUUUUUAGUAUUAAAAGAUAACAGUGUUGUUGAUUUAUGUAAUGGGUUUUUUACGCUUACGAUUUGGAAAAAUUAAUGUUGAAAAGUAGUUAUGGAAAUUUUUUAACAGUUUUGUUGAGAAAACUAUCUAUCUAAACCAUCGAAUAUACUGGAUGUUCCAUUUAACUUGAGACUGAAUAAUCACUGAGAAAACAUCGAUUUUAGUUGAUAGCUAAGUAUCAACUAUGCAGAUAGAUAUGUUGCAACGUUUAUGAGUACACAUGUAUAGAAAAACUAAGUAUUUUUCAACUAAAUUUAAUAAUUAAUUGCAUUAAUAAACAUUCCAGAAGAAACUGAUAUACAUUAUUAUUUUAUUAUUUUUAUAUUUAUUGAAAUUUCGCUCUUUUUAUACAUAGACUGCCUUCAUUAAAAAUAUUUCGCGAUUGCCUUUCCGUUAAUUUUUCACCAAUUAUAUAUUUUUUCGGUGGUAAGAAAAGGAUAAUAGCUAAUGGAUGGAAAAGCCAAAUUUACAGAGACAGCGGCCACGAUCCUAAAAAGCCGUAACUAAAAAGAUAGCUUGAAGGGAGAUCAAAGGUCAAAAUCAGUGUUUUCAAAUGACAAUUUUGUUCUUUCGGUGAGUCAUACGGUCAGGAUAAUUAUAUAAUGAACAAGUGUGCAUUAAACUGAACGUGUCAUGGUGGUGUGUUCAAAUUAAUACUUGCAAUAAAAUUGAAAGAUUUUGAUAUUCUCUAAAAAUAAUACCGAAACAUAUCUUCCUGACUCAAGAAAUAACAACAGUAUACGAUCAUAGCACGUUCAGUUUAUUACAAAUCUUUGCUGUUAGUAUUCUAAUAGUUUGAAGAAAAGAAAGAUAUUCCAAUAAAUAUAUAAGGAUUAAUUAAUCAAAGUCAAUUUACGAGUAACUUGCAUUGUGGGAACUACGAAGUAUAAACAUGAGCAGGACCAAAAUAUCGCUGAAAAGAGCAUAUUGUGCCAAAGUAUUCUACGCAAAGGCCUCAAAAGAAUUUACUGUUUCAUAAAAUUAUCUUUCGCAAACUGAGCAAAGUGUCUAGAGCAGUUUAUGAGAUGCUAUAUAUAUAAUUAGAGUAUGACCACGAAAUACAGUCGAUAUUUUACGUCAAAUAAUUAAUAAAAGAUAUAAAAUAUAACAAACUUUACGUAAAAGACUCCAGCUUAACACAUCUUCUUGCUAUUUUGUGACCUGGCUUGUGCCUAUUUUUCAGAUCAUAAAAUUAUCAAAACUAUGAA